UGAGAUAGAAUCGUUAUGUUAGACAUGGAUUCCAAAAUGUUGUUUUCAAAUUGAUACUAUCACCAUUAACACGUAUUAAAUGUCUGGGAUAUUUCUUUAAACAUUUUAAAAUGGCGUGCUGGAAUCGUAAUAACCUUCUGCUGUUAACGGUUUUGUUUUUCCGUUUGGCCAUUUUAUCGUCAACUAGGCUGGAACGAGAAUGUUUGGGAACAACUAAUGGCUUCACAAUUUCUGGUAAUUUUAGCACUCAUUACAAGAAUCUGAGAAGUCGGUAUGAGAACUGUAAUAUUGUUCUCGGAAACCUCGAGAUCACGAAUCUCAUGGACAGAUCGAUCAGCUACGACCUUUCAUUUCUACAAGAUAUUCGAUUGGUGACGGGGUAUGUUCUGAUUGGUCUUUUAUCUGAUGUUCGAAUCCUCCAUCUACCCAAUCUAGAAAUAAUUCGUGUUGAUUUACCGUUUAAGCUGUUCGAUCAGGAAUAUGGCCUGGUGGUGGCACUGACGUCACGAAAUUUUGUGCGAGGUCUAAAAGAACUUCAUCUUCCAGCUUUAAAAGAAAUAUCUCGAGGAAAAGCGUUGUUUGUGGAAAAUCCUCUGUUGUGUUAUGUUAAUACAAUACCAUGGAAUGACAUCACGUUCGGCCAACAGACGUCAGUAGACAUAUUGAAACAUGGCGUCGCUCCUCAAGAUCAUUGUAGCAAUUGUUCUAUGUUAUGUGAAAGAGAUGGACGGGGUGUCAGAAGAUGCUGGGGACCGGAAGUAGAUCAGUGCCACACAGGUAUUUUGUUUCGGUGUCAAGAAGAGUGUUUAACGUGGUGUUUUAACCCACGAGCUUUUGGGUGUUGCCAUCUACAAUGUGCUGUUGGUUGCUAUGGACCUUCCGAUUCGGAAUGUUUGACAUGUAAAUACUUCCGGUAUGGCGGUCGAUGUGUGCCAAAAUGCCCGGAAGGAUAUUAUGACAUCGGACAGGAAUGCAUAAUCAAGGAGAAGAUUUUGGCGACCAAUUAACAUGAAAACCAUUUUCAUUUACUUAUAGUCAUUGUUGGGGUUUUCUUUCUGAGAUUUCACUUAAAUCCUUAGAAUAUAGUCAAUUGAACACCUGGAAAAAGUCAACUUUGACCUUUUUCUGAAUUAAAAUUUAAAUGGCUUAGGUCCAUGUAUUUGCAUCUUAACUUUGCAUAAUAUAUUUGAUGGGGUUGUUUUUUAAAAAAAAACCUUUUGAACGUUUAGCUCACUCAUUUAUGUUUGAAGCUUAGACAAGAAUUUAUGAUGACAAUAAAGCAAUUUUGGCACUCAA